AUGACUGCUGCAAAGUUAUAUACAUUAGAAUGUGGUACACAACCUUUGUGUGAAUUACUUAAUGAAGCACUUAAAUCUGGUCGUCAAGACGAAGUAGAGCCUUGGCUUCCUUAUCUCCAUUUAUUUCUUGCUGAAGUUGAACGCUUACCUUUAUAUAAGGGAGAAUGUUGGCGUGGUACCAAUAUUGCUAUAGGGGAAAAAUUCAAAAGCGGUCAAACUGUCGCCUGGCAAGGAAUUAGUUCAUGCUCCAAAUCUCAGGAUUUCAUCCUUGAAAAUUGUGUUGGCAAAAGCGGAACUCUUAUCAAGAUUGAUGCUAUCAAUAGCAAAGACAUGUUGAAUAUCACACGUGAUCCUAUCAUACGAGAAGUUAUUUUAAUGCCUGGAACUACCCUAAUUGUAAAAAGAGUUAAACGGUGUGUACAUAACACUAAUAUUACUCUUGUGGAGUUAGAAGAAACAGUUGACAAAACGCAUGACGAAGUCGCACAACUUGCUGCGAAACCACAAGCUUCAUCAUCCAUCAAUCAUCAUAGCGCAUCUUCAUCGAAAACAAAUCAUGGUGAUUCUCAAACUACAGCACACGCAAAUUCUGAUCAACGCUACGGUUUGAUACAUCGGUUCACCGAUGUCGACGGUGAAAGCAGAGCAUUAAAACCUAUCCAAGGCUAUCGAAAUAGUCGUAAUAUAACACUGGAAGAAGCUCUCAAGCCGAUGAGAGACGCUAUUCCUCAUUUGGAUGAUUACAUAAAACAAGCCAAAAGACAUUCCAAUAUCAGCUCUUCAAAUACCCUCUCAAUUGAUGAAUCGGCAGCUAUAUAUUUGUACACAAUGCAGCUAAAUGAUAGAAGUUUCAGUCGUAUGCUUAAUCAAGCAUUAAGAUAUGAAGACCAAACUGAAGUCAAGAAUUAUUGGUUCAAUUACCUCGAAUUAAUUUGGUCGGCACUGAACAAAUUACCUUCUUUCAGAGGAGAUGUCUAUCAAGGUAUCACUAGAAGUAUUAAAGAAAACUAUCCAAAGAAAAAAAUAAUUACUUGGUGGGGUAUCACGUCGUGUACACAAACACCAGACAAUAUAGUUUCUUCGUUGUUGGGUAAAAAUUCUACUCUACUAAAAAUAAAAAUUCUCAAUGGUAAAGAUAUAUCGGCAUAUUCCUAUAAUCGUAAUGAAAUCGAGAUCAUCUUGUUACCUGGCACUCGCCUACGUGUCAAUGAUGUGUUAUACAAUUCUAGUCUUCGCAUCGAUGAAAUCAAUUUGGAAGAAAUAAAUGAUGAAAUGCUUCAAUCAAAUACCACUUCAAAUCAAAAUAUAAAACGCAUAUCAAACGAUGGAUUUUCCGAUAAAAUCUGGCUGGAAUGUCGAUUCAAAGAUCCAGAAGGUACAACCAUUAUCAAACCCAACGAAUGUGAACGAAACCUUACUGAACCUCCGGGAAGCAUUGAUGGACUCAUUUUAAAUCGUAUUAAGGGUUCAAUGUUUGGUUUAAUUUUGGGAGAUGCUUUGGGUGCUCAUGUCGAAUUCAGACCUCAUAGCUAUUUACUUGCUAACCCAGUUCGUGAUCUAGAAUGUGGAGGAACGUGGGGUCUCGAGAAAGGACAGUUCACAGAUGACGGAUCGAUGACUAUUUGCUUAGCUAAUUCAUUAAUAGCUCGUCGUCGUUUUGUACCUUAUGAUCAAUUGGUUCGCUAUAAAUGGUGGUUUAGACAUGGUUACAUGUCAUCGACGGGAACUUGCUUUGAUAUUGGUAAAAGUACUAAAAAAGCACUUUGUGAGUUUGAAAAUCGACAAAAAGAAUUCGCUCAAAAACAUGGUAUUCCAUUAGACGAAAUCGAUCUACUAUCAGAUAAGCAGCUUCUUGAAAAAUUCCCUGUCUAUUGCAGUCUAGAUGGGGCAGCUGGUAAUGGUGUACUUAUGCGUUUGGCACCUGUACCUCUAUUUUUCUACCAAAAUCCACAAGCUGCAGUUAAUCUCUCUGGAAUCAGUGGCCGAAUCACUCACGGAGAUAAGAAAGCCUAUGAUGCAUGUCGUUAUUAUGGAGCUCUCAUUGUAGCUACUAUGCACAAUACAGACAAAGAUCAACUUCUCAGUGAAGAAUUUUAUUUAUGCAAGAUAAAAAAAUGGUUCACAAACGAUCCUUUAGAACCUGAAAUUGAAAACGUUGCCAAAGGGUCAUUCAAGAAAGAAAAAGGGUAUGCUGCUGGGAUACGCGGUAUAGGUUACGUUGUUAAUUCUCUUGAGGCUGCAUUAUGGGCUUUUUGGUCUACUCAAUCGUUUGAGGAAGGUGUUCUAGCAGCAGUAAAUCUUGGUGAUGAUACCGAUACAACAGCAGCUAUUUAUGGUCAACUGGCUGGUGCAUACUACGGUUAUGAUAAAUUACCACAAGGAUGGAUCAAUUCUGUCUAUUCCAAGCGCUUUAUCGAAUGCUUAUGUAAAUGGAUUGCAUACGAAGGAAAUCAAUCAUGCUCCAAUAACUAA